AUGGCCUCGAGUUCAGGACAGUCCAACCAGCUGCUCUAUGCAUGCAUUGCUCAUGGAACCACUAUCCUCACCGAGCAUACAUCACCUGGCACCUCGUCUUCUUCGGCCUCAUCGCUUGCCUCAGUCAUUCUCCCCAAGAUCUCUCAUUCGACUCCCGCGAAGCUCACCUACACCCACGACCGUCUGUUUGUCCACUACAUUGCAGACUCGCCUUCCUCGACGUCGAAUGGGUCCGACGAGCAACUUUCCAGUCAUGCGGCUCUCACCUACCUGGUGGUUGCUCAGACAGAGAUGGGCCGGCGUGUGCCGUUCGCGUUCCUGCUGGAGCUCAAGAAGAAGUUCCUGACACAGUAUAAGCCCGAGUCUACGGAUUUUUCGUCGUUGCCCGCCUAUGGGACCGCAGCCUUCAACUCUACUCUAAAGGCGAUGAUCCAGCAAUACAACACCGCCCCGCCGAGUGAUGCAUUGACCAAUGCACGCAAAGAGAUUGACGACGUCAGGGACAUCAUGACUGAGAACAUUGAGCGGGUGCUGGAGAGAGGGGAGAGGAUUGAUCUUUUGGUGGACAAAACGGAUCGGUUGGGAGGGAGUGCGCGGGAUUUCCGAGUGCGAAGCAGAGGGUUAAGGCGGCAGAUGUGGUGGAAAAACGUGCGGGUGAUGGUGCUGCUUGUGGUUGUUGUCAUCUUUCUGAUCUAUCUGUUCGUCGGAUUCGGCUGCGGAUUGCCCACCUGGAGCAAAUGUGUUGGCUGA